AUGAAAUUAACACAGGAGAUUAAAUUCUCUUUACAAAAAACUCAAAAGGUCCUUUCCAUUCAAAUGUAAGUCCACCAUAUUAAUGAUUUCACCAAGUUGUUCAAAAAAUGCAUCUUUCCUGGAAGCAGGUGGCAAUUAGAAUAAGAAAACAUCAAAUCUAUAGCCACUACAUUCGAAGAACCUUUACCUGAGAAUUUAUAAGAAUUCAUCAAAGAAAACAAUUGCCAAAUCCUUGAAAAGGAAGUCACUGUCGGAUAUGAUAACAUGACAUACAAUGAAGUCCUCCAAUAAUUAUUGCCAAAAAACGUUUAAGCACCUUAAGGUUAUGAGAUUAUUGGGAAGAUUGCUCACUUCAAUUUGUCCCUUGAACAAUUGCCAUACAAAUACUUAAUAGGUCAAGUGCUUUUAGAUAAAAAUAAACAUUUGUAAACUGUGUGUAACAAAUUAGAAAAAUUACACAACGUCUACAGAACACCCCAAUUAGAGUUACUAGCAGGCAAUAAUUCUUAUGAUGCUAUUGUACCUGAAGGGGGUGUGAGGUUAUUUUUAAAUUUUGAGAAAGUGUAUUGGUGUACUCGUUUGUACUCAGAAAGGGAAAGAGUUAUAAAAUAUAUCAAAGAAUUAUCAAAUGGCAAAAAUAUUAAAGUUUUAGAUUUAUUCUGUGGAAUCGGUCCCUUUUCACUAAGAAUUGCUAAGGAUCUAAAUGCUUAAUGUUUGGCAAACGAUUUAAAUCCAGAGUGCUACUAUUACUUAUUAAAGAAUAUUAUUGAGAACAAGGUUUAGAAUCAAGUAACUCCUUUGAAUAUGGACGCUAGAGAAGUUGUAUUGAAGAUUUACAAUAAGGAGAUAGAUUUUGAUUUUAAUCAUGUGUAUAUGAAUUUGCCAGUUUUGGCAAUAAACUUCUUGGAUGUCUUCAAAGGGUUCACUUAGAGGACUGGGAAAGUUGAUUUGCCAUACAUUCAUGUGUAUGGAUUUGCAAAGGGGAAGGACGAUUAAGAGUUGAUUGAGCAAUUUUCGCAAAGGAUAAUUAAGGGAUUGCCUGGAUUUGACAAAUCUUAAAUUUUAAGAUUCCACAUUUUGAAGAACGUUACUAAGAUGAAAAAAAUGUGUUGUUUGUCCUUCUAAUUGGAUAAAAAGAGUGCUGAAUCAGAGUUUGGUUUGGUGGAACAAGAGGAUGGAAACAACAGUGAUUUUGAGGAUGACGAAAAGAUGGAAUAACACGAGUUGGUUGAGGAUGUGGUAAACAAAAAAGUAAAAAUUGAUUGA